AUUUUUGAAAGUUGAGAGUAGCUAUAACUCAUCCUAAGUUUAACGUGACUCCACCACUGGAUUUAAGUACAACAAAAUACGUAAAUGAACCAAAACUCUUCAAACUUGCUCCACGCAGACUAAUUAGUUUGUGGUGUAGGAAUUGAAGAUGUGAUUUGAGAGCAAAAGAGAUGGGGAUGAGAUAGAUUAGAUAGGACUUUAGGGGGGGUUGUUUUGUCCUUUCCCCGGGCCAUGAUCAUGAUAAUUAAGACUUAAAAGAGAAUGGACUACUAAACCUGCAAAAGAGAAAAGCUAAUUUAGAAUUAAGUGGUAAAUUAGAGGUGACAUCCUCUGAACAAAUGGGUCCCACUGGUCGAGCAUUCAACAAACAUAAGCAGCUGGGUCCCGCCUACCAAGUUGAUGCCUUUUGUUUCUUUUGUCCUUUUUCUCACCAUUUAUUUACAUUUGGUAUUAGAGGGAAAUCAAAUUACAUUUCAAUCCAAGGAACAUUAGGGUAUGCCAGUUAGCUUUAGUCGAGAUUAGUCGCAAAGUCAUGAAGAAGCUAGCAAAAAAUAACAUCAACAACUUGAAAUUGAAUUCAAGUUUUAGAGGAAGUGAGUAUAUAGCUUCCUGUUCGGUCAGAUUUGAACUUGAGUGGCGUCCUGACUCCUGAGUGAGUGAGAUACACGAGGGCUAAGAUGAAGAUACAUGUGAAGUUUUGUAGUACGGUGAGUGAGAUAAAUCACUUUGGCGUCCUGAUUCUGACUCAUAUCUAACACCUGCACAUUUUCUGCUCAUAGUUAUCGCCAAGUGGGGUCCCGAGACUCCAAUCCCUUGGCAGUUGGCUCCGCCACUGAUCAUGUGAUUCCCAUUUUAUAACAUUUACACGAACGAUGAAAAAAUAGAACUAGUAAGAGAAUAAAUGAACUAACGAGCAUGCAUGUCUGUCAAGAACCAGUUGAUCACAAUAGCUCGUGUUGUUGCGGGAGAGGUUCCAUAAUGGAUCUUAUAUCACAGACUAACACACCCCCUCAAACGAAAGCCACUCACAAGGGUUUGAAGUUUGCACAGAUCCCAAUAACUCGAAUUGUUGGGAGAGGUUCCAUAAUGAAUCUUAUACCACACACUAACAAUCUUAUCAUCCUUCUGUUAUUCUGUCUCGAUUUGUUCAUCAAAGAAAUGACGUGAAUCAAGUUUUGAUGCCGCCAUCAGCUUCACCAUCUUCCUCCUCCACUUUUCCAUGCAUGGUGUUGCUGUAGCAGGCAAGAUUCGAAUUCCUUACUUUCACAGUGUACGUCUUUCAAUGUCUUGCGACGAAAAAUCGACGUUGACAUUCAUCAAGUUGGCACUAUGCAGACGGACGACAAAUCCGUUUACGAUCACCAUUUUCCUGCUUUAUGAUGAGACGAUAUGUAUUGGAGCCUCUUUUCUUUUCUUAUUCUUUUCCUCACGAUUUUUGGGAACUUUUUUGUCUAGUUCUAAGCCCGUGUCGGGUCAUACUAAUGUAAUAUUCUUUCUUUAAACUUUACAAGGAAGAAUAUAAUAUCCUUUUACUUGAACUUCAAGUUACCAUGCCAUUUCAACAUGGAUAUGGUGCUGAUUAGUUGAAGGUUGGCUCAGUAUUCAUAUACAAGAUCGAUGAAGGGAAGAUCGAUACCUCAUAUUGAUUUCCUUGAUAACGAAAUAUAUUCCGUAGGUCAACUCGUCAAUACUCUGAAACAUCACUUCUUUGUUGCAGAACGACGACGAAUUCUCAUUUUGAUAACCUGAUGACUACCUUGUUGCAUUUGGUAUAAGAUGAAAAAGUGUACAAUGCACGACCAACGUGCAUGGUUCCAUUUGAUAACCUCGGAGCCAAGGACUACAAUACGUGCGUAUUGAUCAUGAGGAACACAUUUGACAUAUUCAUAGUAUAUAUUGAGGGAAUGCCCUCUUCUAGGGUUGAGGCAACAUACAAUUCACUUUUUUUCUAUGGAUGUUGUCACAUAUAUAUAUAUAUAUAUCGACUAUAAUCUCAAUUUUUCAUAAUAUAACACUUGGCCAGCAAAUUGCAGGACUAUCAAUGUUUCAUAAAGAUUUCUCGGGCGUAGAAAAAUUAUACACGUGCAUGACUCAAUUAUCACGAAUCAAACUUAAUGUCAGGGACCGAUUCAUUUUAAUGACUCGCGAGUUGUUGCAGGGAUGUUCAAAACAAUAUUUUAAUAAUCAGUAAAUAUCUUCAAUUAAAAAAAGAUGGGUAGUGAAAAGAGCGCUAUUUUCAUCAUCAUUUAAGUCAACUACUUACCUUUCACUUAAUUAAUUAUCUUGUUUAAGGUGCAACAAAGACACCAGAGGAGGUAGUAAUCAUGAUAUGCUAACAUACUAUAGUUAGAAGUUGGUUUUUAUUUUAAGUUAAUUACACUUAAUUGACCAAUGGCCAUCUGACCAAUAAUUAUAUGGGGGUUGGUUGGUUGUGUGAUGUUUUUCAAAACAGGGUAAGAAAUCGGCUCAUCGUAAUCCUGUUCUCGAAAGGAUUACUGGGGCCUCUGGAAAAAACAAAGGCGGUGAAGUAGGGUUGAAAAAGAAAACGGCUGCUAGGUCCCUCCUGCGGGCUGUUGCAAUCUUUGUUCAUAUUGCAGCCAAAUACAGAAGCAUGACAUACUGAUGGUGUAAUUUCUGGUGUUAGAGUGAUUGAUCACUACUGUUUAGGGCUAAUUCCAUUUGAACCCCGUUUAAUACGCAAUCUCAAAUACGUCGAGGUUUGAGAGACCGAUUCGAGUUUAAAGAAGCAAGAUCUUAUGUAUUUUUGUAUAAAUUACUUUUUCGCCCUUGAUAUACGUACGACAUAUCUUUCGACGAUGUGCAAAUCAGGUCUUGUUGACCCUGACCAUUUAACCUACUUUCGCCUGUCUUUGCAAGUAGGGCAAAUAUGGACAUUGCAAUAGUAGUACUGGGAAGAUUGUUCUCAUAAAUAUGGCAUAACAAUUGCAUGUGCAUUUUGUUUGGCCACUGUAUAACGUUUAAUGCAUAACUCAAGUUAUUGAGAAUAUUAUUUAAAAUGAUAAAAAAAAUUAUUUCAACCGUCAGCGUUCAAAUCUACGAAAUGAUAAAUCAUAUUUCAGUUAUUGUCCCAACGACCAAAUAUAUAAAAAAAAAUCGUUUAAUUCGACAAUUAUCACUGGAUAAACAUGUUGAAAUUUACAUGAAUUAUUUUGCUUUUGGAAGAAAAAAAAGGAAAUUUGUGAGUUUGCAAACUGUACAAGGUAUGAAGAAAAAGUGAAAAGGGACAGAGGGUACCUAUCACGUAGAAGUCAGGAAACAGAAUCAGGGUCAGUGUCUCAAAGCAGGCGGGGCCCCUCUGCCCCAUAGAUCAUAGGGUUGCCCUAUAAAAAAAAAUUUCCUCGUCUCCCAACGACCAUUUGACUUUUAUUAAUUGUACGUGAUUAGCGCUCCGAUCAAAAGUUUAAUGACCCAAUCAGCAAACGAAACAAAGUACCAUAACCUAAUCCGAAAAAACCCCAGGCCCAAAUAUCACCAUCACACCCACACUCUCUCUCUCUCUCUCUCUUCCUCAUCUUGAAAUUUUUUUUGUUGCGUUCUGUGGACUGUGGGCCCCCGGCCCACAAAGCCCCUCGGGCCCACCCAACUCCCAUCCACAACGUGUCCUAGUCUCUCCCCAGCCUUGCCCUAGCCUACGUGUCGACCUCUCAACGGCUGCAAAGCACCACCACUUCGAUCCCCUGCAACUCACCCCCACGGUAAACAUCGCUGCACCCGCUCCCUCCCCCUCCGUUUCACGUCGCUCUCGUUCCCAUGCAGAAUUAAUCACAUAAUCAAUGCGGUUUAACGGAAUCAAAAUAUCUAACCCGCCCCAACUCAAAAUGACUAAUCCACCCCUCGGACUAUCAGUACGCGACAGCGCUGCACCGGAUAAUUCCCCCUCCAGCCGUCCUCUUCGUGGCCCCCUCAUUUAUAAGCGAGAUGGACCCCUCUUCCUUCCCUACGCAACAUUCGAACAACCACCUCCAUUUCUUCUCUCUCUCUCUGCAGAUUGUUUGAAUUGAAUCCUCCCAAUUCUUCGUCAUCGCGAUCGGGUGGAUUGGAUUGGAUACAUGGAGAGCACGGAUUCGUCCGCCGUCGCCGGCGGCGGAAACAAUCAGCAGCAGCAGCCUAACCUACCACCAGGGUUCCGUUUCCAUCCGACGGAUGAAGAGCUGGUGGUUCACUACCUCAAAAAGAAGGCGUCCUCCAUCCCUCUCCCAGUCUCCAUAAUCGCCGAGGUCGAUCUCUACAAGUUCGACCCGUGGGAACUACCAGCAAAAGCUACGUUCGGAGAGCAGGAGUGGUACUUCUUCAGCCCGAGAGACAGGAAGUACCCGAACGGGGUGAGGCCCAACAGGGCGGCGACGUCGGGGUACUGGAAGGCCACCGGCACCGAUAAGCCCGUCCUCACCUCCGGCGGGACCCAGAAAGUCGGCGUCAAGAAAGCCCUCGUCUUCUACGGUGGGAAGCCGCCGAAAGGCGUCAAGACCAACUGGAUCAUGCACGAGUACCGUCUCGCUGACAACAAAGUCACCAACCGGCCCCCUGGCUGUGACCUCGGCAACAAGAAGAAUUCCUUGAGGCUGGACGAUUGGGUGCUUUGUCGAAUAUACAAGAAGAACAACAAUCACGGGAGGUCAUUGAUGGACCAGGAGAAGGAGGAUUCGAUGGAGGAUAUGCUGAUGGGCCCGAUCCCGCCUUCUUUACUGGUGUCAUCGUCAACUGCCCAACAGAAUUCCAGGCUGCAGCUUGGGAAAGGCGGCGGGAGUUAUGGGUCUCUGCUGGAUCAUCAUCAUCAGCUCCACCACCACCAACAGAGUUUGUUCGAAGGAAUCGAGCCCAAUUCCCUCGCCCACGCCAAUCACCACCACCACCAUCACAACAACAAUACUUCCAACUCCUUCUUCUCCCACUUGGCCGCGGCGGCUUCAUCCAGGCAACAGCUAGAAGUGCUCCCCAUGCUCCCUCCCCUCAAGCGAUCGUCGUCCCUCUUCUGGCCCACAUCCUCCGACGCCGUCGUCGUCGACGAUGAUCACGACCCUUCCUCCGGCAAGAGGUUUCACGACGGCGACGAGGAUAACAACGGCGGUGGUGGUCCGUCAUCAAUCGCGUCACUCCUCAGCCAAAUCCCCCAGACACCUUCUCCCACGUUGCAACAACAGCACUCCACGGCGUCCAUGUUGGGCUCCCUGCCGUAUCAUCAUAAUCAGCAGCUUCCUGGGAUGAAUUGGUUUGAUUCAGGUCCGGAGGAGGAGUGAUGAGGUGGGUGCUGAAUCGAUUUUGGGGGGGUUUAGAAGGGUAUUAUAGCUAGCCAGCCUCUGCCGGCGGGAAGCUUGUGUGUUCGCCGGCUUCCCGCCGGCCGCCUAUCGUCUUCUUGAGUCAGUUUUUUUUUAUAUAUAUAGUUUGUUUUUGUUCUUGUUCAUAUCCAUCGUGUGAGAGAGGUAAAUAGAAUAUAGUUACAUAAUAUAUAUGUAUACAGUUAUAUAUUGUAUGAAUUUUACAGAACGUUAUACACCAAUAUGUAUGCAGGCUUUUAUGGAAAUUAGAAGGAGUACUUUCAGUUUCCUCUUCAGAACGGGAACCACCUUUUCAUUUUUCUGUUUUCAUUUUCCUCCAGCUGGUUCAGAGAUACUGUGAUCUAUGCGAGAGAUUUGAGUUUAUGGAUUCUGUGUUUCGAGAUCGACCAAAGUGGCACUAAAACGCCAUAGCUUUCUAGCUAGUUGUUUUCUUCUGAUCUACUGGGGAAAAAUGAAAGAAGAAAGGGUUCUUUAGCAAUACAUUUGGCAUGGUUUUUUCAGCAUGCAUGCCUCUUGUACAUGCAUACAUACACACUUCUUAUUGUGAUUUUUUUGGUCUAUAUUGGUUUUAAAAAAAAUCACCAUGUGAACAACGAUUAGGUCCGGUGAUUUUGUUAUCGAUUUUUAACUAGGUUUCAAGUUCGAAUCUUUCAAUCAACAUAUAACAAUAAACAAACCGUCAUCACCAUUAUAAAAAAACAAACAAACUAAUAUAUCCAUAUAUCUUUUCUUACCCUUAAUACACAUAUUUUAUGGUUUAAUUCUGGGUACUUAAUUAGCACAUAACAAUAAAAAUAAACCGUUAUCACCAUUAUAUAAAAAAAAAAAAUACAAACAAAGUCAUCAUGAUCAUACAUCUUUGGCUUUCCCUUAAUGCACAUAUUCUGUGGUUCAUUUUUCUUCUACGUAGGCUGCCAGUCCUAUGAUUCUCCAGGUCAUUCCUUUUCACCACUAAUAUGCAGCAAGUAUAUUUUGCGCAAAGUGUAAAUUGUAGCGAUAUAGCUUUGUUGACUGUAACCACAUCAAAAUCAGUCCACUAAUUUAUGUAUUAAGGCAAUAAAUCGGUUGAGAAAUUAGAAUCGAUGAAUUGUGGGUUGUGGUGAUCUCAGUAGUGAUGCUAUAAUACUACCUCCACAGUUUAUAUAACUUACCAUUAUUGUCUAAAUUCUGUGCUUACUUUUCACCUUCAUUCCACCUUACAAUUUAAUACCCACAAAGAGAGCAGAAAUUGCUUGUUUCUGUAUGUGUAUAUGCAUCUGAUGUUUGAAAGGCAAAUAAUGAGUCGUCCUCUUAAGGGAUUCGGAGUGCAGCAUAUACGCCGUCUGCAGCUUUUGGAGAGAGAUAUGGCUGCGAAUCCAGCUAGAAUCAAGAGCGAGCUGCACAUGAUUUCUGCAGCUUUUCAAAACCCUUUCAAUAUGUUAAUUUCCGAGAAAAUCUUUAACAUCGAGAGUAUUCAACGAUAAAUCAAAAUCUCCAAAGGUUGUCAAAUGAUUUCGAAUCCGAAUACUACCGUCACGAGAACAAAAUUUUACACACAAGUGUUUCGUUCAAAAAUUUGGAUUUAUGGUCGAUUAAAUUGUCGGAGUUUUUUGGUGAGUUCAUGAUCAAGAGAGGUUGAUGUGGGCAUGUUAAUCUUGAAUGUCAUAGGAUACACAUCUUUGAAAUAUUUAGUCUUUUUUUUCUCUUUUCUGUUGCAAUAGUGUUACCUAGACUGUGACACCUUGUCAAAACCUAACCAAGACAUUAAACACAUUGAUUAGGACAAAUCAACUUGCCAUGAUGAGUGAGUUAAGCUUUGGAGUGAAUCCAUCAAGCUAUAUGAGCAUUUAUUUUAAUGAAUAACUAGAAGUUCG